CACGUAAUGUGUGAGUCAGAGGUCGGAAACUGGGGCUAGAUUUUGCUAACAGAGUUGCCCUUAUUCUACACUUCAAAAUAAGGAUACCUGCUCACAUGACUUGGUCUCAUGACCUGCACAUGCUGUGAUGUCAACAACGGAGCAGGAAGAAAGGAUCCUGAAUCAGCAACACUGGUAUUCAGUGAUCUGUCUCUCUUCAAUCUGAGGGACACCCUGCACUGAACUGGACAACAAGAUCGCAGACUGAAAAACGUGUCAGAAGAGUGAGUAGUAGUUCCUCUGAAAAAUGACUCAUGAUGGCAAAAAGCUUACAGGGCUUGUAGCUGCAACAUUCACACCCCUCACACCAAAAGGUGAGGUUAAUCUCUCAGUGAUUGGACAAUACAUUGACUUCUUAGUCGAAAAGCAGGGUGUACGGAAAAUCUUUGUGAAUGGAACCACAGGUGAGAGUCUGUCCCUCUCUGUGGACGAGAGGAAACAGCUGGCAGAGGCAUGGUGUCAAAAGGGCAAGGGAAAACUCGAAGAUGUGAUUGUGCACGUUGGCUGUUCAAGUCUCAAGGAUUCUCAGGAACUGGCACGCCAUGCUGUUGAAGCAGGGGCUGAUGGGAUUGCAGUUAUCUCUCCGACCUUCUUUAAACCGCCCAAUGCUGCUUCACUGAGGCUGUUUCUUCAGGAAGUUGCUGCUGCUGCUCCUGCUCUCCCAUUCUACUACUAUCACAUCCCUAGCAUGACAGGGGUUCACUUGCUUGCAUUAGAUGUGGUGGAGGGAAUCGAGAAAGUGAUCCCAUCGUUCAGAGGCCUGAAAUUCAGCGGCAGUGACCUGUUAGACUUUGGCCAGUGUGUUAGUUGCAGUCCUGGUCACUGGACACACUUGUAUGGAAUGGAUGAGCAACUGCUGGCAGCUCUUGCCAUGGGAGCAGAUGGUGCAGUGGGCAGCACAUACAACUAUAUGGGAAGUACCAUGAACAAAGUUCUGUGUGCCUUUGACAAGGGAGACCUGGAACAGGCCAGGAAAUUACAGUUUCAGAUGCAGGAGAUUAUUCUGUUUGCAAUAAAGCAAGGGUUCAACCUUGCUAUGAACAAGCAGCUAAUGAGUGAGAUGUCUGGAAUAUCUCUGGGGCCUCCACGUCUCCCUCUCAUACCCUGUGAUGUGACAAAAGCUCAGGUUGUGGUCCAGAAAAUGUACUCCGUCCUGGGUGAACAACAAUAAUGGUUUAAUGAUGGCAUUCCCAGGCGCAUUACCUCCAGUAAUACUCUACUUUAUGGACUUGAUUACUUGAAAAUAGAAAAUAUAUUUUUACGUGGCUUUUGUUUUGUUUUUCAGUGUGUAGAUUAUGUUCAUUUUGUUUCUUCAUGAAAGAUGCCAGUGUUAAUGGUAAUGAUAAACAAUCAGGCAAUGACUGAUUAUAAAAGGGAUUUCACUGUAAAGGUCUUUUUUAAAGGGAAAAUGUGCCAUGUAAAACAUCUAAUGUAUUCUGUUUUAACUAUGGUAAGUCAGUAUUUCAGAAAUUUCAUUUUUGACACUCAUACGUUUCUACCUGAAAAUUAACUGUAUUUUUCAAGAACACUUUAAUACAUUUUAGUCACUUACAAAAGAGGUUUACACAGCAAAAUAAACAUUCCAAAAUAG